GGUGCAUGUCUGCUCAUAGCAAUUUCGGCAGUCAAUCUAUUAUGACUGAUCCAUUGUGGUCGGCGUCUUCCUCUACAACUCGAGUUAAGAUCAUGCCAAUGAGCACACAGGCUGGAGCAGCCCAUUCUCUUGCAUCGGCUCCUCUGCGUGUUCUUUUUGAAUGGACACCUCUAUUUGGACAUGUCUUGUCUCCUGAUAUGCAACAAAGUGUUGAGGAUAAUUUGAGGGGUGAAUUGAGGAAAAAAUUGGCCGAUGUAGAUCGUGAGCUGGUAUUGGAGCAAGCCUCGAGGGGAAUACCAUUUUUAAAAUCUAGCAGAUCAAGCAGGGAUUGUGAAAAUGAGUGGGUUGGAUUAAGAGAAAUGAAAUCUGGCGUUGUGGGUUGAUACUCUUGAACCCAUUAUUCCUAUUCAUAUCUUGAACCCAAGCAGUUGCGUAUCUUGUUGGCUACAGCCAUAUUCACGUAAAAUGAAACACUAGUAAGAAUGUCAAAGUGCACAAUAAACAACU